AUGACGAACAAAACCCGCGACUAUGGUGACUUGAGAGUCACGCUUACCAAGGACCUCGUAUGGAAGUGGAAUGAGAAGGGUACAGGUGCUGCCCGGUAUGGAGAGUUCUAUCUUGCGAACUCUCAAGGUGCAAUGCGUCCUGUGGGAUCUUUUGGUCAAGACAAGUGGGAUGACCAGAAAGAUAAGAGAGCUACGCUCUUAGUUGGAAACGUUCCUGGGAGUUCUGGGAAGCCAGCUGUUGCAAGCCCUACUAGUUACGACUGGGUGUGGGACGAUCGGGGCGGCGGCGGCAAGUAUGAUGGCACAGUCUGGCGACCUGUUGCGCCUACUGGGUAUGUCUCGCUGGGGGACGUCUGGACAAGCAGCUACGAACGUCCAUCAACCAAUGCGAUAUGGUGUGUUCGAUCGGACUUGACUAUGCAAUCGAACUACAACCCGAACAGCCUCUGGGACGACAAAAAAUCCGCAGGUAAUCACGACUGUUCAGUGUGGUCGAUUAUCCCACCCCAGGUUAGCAUAGGCGGAUCCGAGAAGAUUACAGUCCUUUCCGAUUGCCACAGGGCUAUCAAAGCAUAUCAACAGCCUUCCUCGGACCUUGCCAGGGUUCUGGUACUUCCUUGUCCAAAGGAUUUCAAAUCUUUCAAUGCAAGACCGCCAACAUUCACCAAAGACACAAUCCCUCGCGAAGGAGACCUGUUCAGUCAACUGCAACAGUGUGAGGUUGAAUUACCUUUCACGGCCUUUUUUCCACCAACACAUGUCACGAGCUUGGGCAUGAUAUCUGAUCCGUUUUGCAAGCUUGGGAGGCGUACUGCAUGGUUGGUUGAAAAACGACACUCCAAUAACGGUGGAGGUACUAUCAUUGACGAGAAGACAAUCAAGAAAGGUAUCUCUACGACACAGUCACAAGAGAUGGUGCACUCAGCUGGUGUAGAGAUCACUUCGUCCUUUGGUAUCAAGGCUUUGGGUGGAGGCAUAGACGUCAGUCUCAACUAUCAGUUCACCUCGACACAAUCCUCUUCGUAUAACGAAUACGAAGAGUUCACCGACAGACGACAAUACGACGUUCCGCCCUACACCUGUUCAGUAUUUCUUACUGAACGUGUUUGGCUCGUAGCUACUCGCACUGACGGCUCUUUCACUCUAUCGGAGAUCCAAUACAACACUACCGACGGUAUGAACAUCGAGGAAGUCAAGCUGAACUGA